GUAUGUAUGGCUGGUGUUGCAUGUGACCAGUGAGUACAAGGAAGGCAGCAAAAGGCAAGUUGCAGGUGUGAACUUGUUAUCGGAUGACAUGCUGGGUGACAUUAGUUGAAAUUUGAAAUUUUAGUAUUUUGGUCGAACUUUAUUUUGUUAUAAAUACGUCAACUCACUGUAUUGGGAAGAAAAAACAGAAAAAUAGUAUAACAAAAUGUACAGAGAUUAGUGAAAUCGUGCUACUCGAAAUGGCUGCGUUUUCAAAUCUAAAACGUAAGAUGAACGUUCAUUCCGGCAGUUCUUGUAGCAGCGUUGUGUCGAAUGAAAAUGGCAUAGAAACGGGCUAUAUAUCUGAUAAUUCAACCAGUGAUGUGGAAACAGUGAAUACGUACGAACAUUCUGUGGAAAAUGGUUUUAUUGGUAAGGAGGGCAAUUCGGUACUUCCUCAGUGCAAUGUUGUGAAAAAAGAAUUAAUUUUGAAUGCACAGAGCCGAAAAAAACUUGAUUACGGAGACGAAGUGGAAUCUUAUCCGAUGCCCCGCAAGCGGGCAAAUUGCGUGUCCAAAAAUGCUUUAAUGGCCCGUGCAAAUCGCAUGAAGAAGAAACAGUAUUUGGAGGAUAUGGAGAAGAAACUCCAAGAAUUGACGGAAGAAAAUGAAAAACUAAAAUUACAGGUCAAAAAGAACAAUGAGAUCGCCCAAAAGCAAAGUGAAGAAGUAAAGUAUCUGAAAGGUGUUUUAGCUAAUGCUCCUGAGAUAAGUACAUUACUGAAGUGUGUACGGCAAAGAUCAAGUCUUCCUGUGACAUCUUCAAUUAACAAAUUUUCUGACACCUAUACAUUAAAAGAAUCACCUUUUGACUUAGAUGACCCUCUUUUAUCAAGCUGUGACUUGGAGUCCUUCAAAGAAUUACCAGAUACAGACUUUCUGACGCAGGAUCUUUCUGAUAAGACUUUAGAUGUAUUGGAAGGAAGUUCAUCUACAAAUGUUGGAAUAUGUUUGCAUGUUGCUCAACAGAGGGUCUCUUUAGAAUUUUGUCCCACAUGCAGUAUAAAUGCUACUGCAGCUUGGCAAGAUAGUGGCUUCGGCUUGGAAGGAUUGCAGAUACUUCCUUCCAAAACAAGACAUUAUAAGGUGUGGUAUUUUCUUCACCUAAAAGUCUUACUUAGUGAAUCCUUUUUCUUCAGGAUUUCGUUAUUUAGUCUCUAGAAGUGGAAAAGCCAUCAGACUCCUUUACUGGAACUAAAAGUGUUCAGUGUUUUUUUAAGAAUGACGUAAUCAUAACCUUAUAUUUUUGUGAUUGUCAGUGAUAAACUUACAAAUAUUGAACUGAGUUGGUCAAUGUUAUUUUCAUGUUGUGUAGGUUGUCUUUGAUGUAGAUGAGGAUGUAAAAAAAAAUAGUUGCAAAGAAAAUGAAUUUUAAAGUUAUUGCAAAUGGCAGAUUUUUGUAUAUAUAUUUCUAUUUAAUUUUCAAAUAACUCUCCCUGUAUAUUUAAAUUUAAAGAUAUUACUACUGGUCACUAUUAAAAAUUUCAUUGAAGCUUUGCUAUUGAUAUUAAAUUCUGUAUUUUAUUCUACUCCUAUUGAUGAAAGAAAACUACUAAAUAGUGUCUACUAUACUCUACUCUAUAAUAAUAUUGCAUAGGUUGAAAACAUUACGCUCUUUUUUCAUCCUACAUUGGAAAAUGUUAAUGAAUGCUGAAACGCACAAAAAACACUUUAUCAUCCAUCAACCACUCACGGUUGCUGUAGCCUAGUUUCAUUAAUAGGAGUGGGUUAAUAUCAGCUCACUGAGACUUCAGUGUACAGAUGUAAAGCAAAGCUUCUCUGAAUUCCAGAUCUAUUCUGAACAAUUUACUUUUGCUUUGCAGUCUUGCUGUGUUCGCCUGCAUGGUCUCUCACCAUAAGCACAGUGGUAGAGUAUUGAAAGUGUCUAAUGGUCGGUUGAUUUUCCUUUCAAUUUUCACUUCAUUUCCCCACAAAAGUCACAAUAUUUCAUUACAUAAUUUUAUCAUUAUUUUUUAAGAAUACUCUUGUAAUGAAUUUUAUUAAUAUUCCCCAUUGUUAUGGCAUGCUAAUCAAAUUAUCAAAUUGAAUUUUGUGGAUGUAAUACUGAGCAAGUCAAUUUUACUUUUCAGCAGUCAUCGGUGGGUCAGUUGGAGGGAGAUGGUGGCUUGUUGUGGAUCCGGCCUUUUUAGCGUCAGGGAACUGAAGACCAGUUUAAUUUCUGUAUUUAUUGUAGAUUUUCUUAUUCUUAACGUGAAUUUAAAUAUAUUAUUAAAAUAAAAUGAAUUUGAUAA